AGUUGUUGCUUGUUUUCAGUAAAAGAGACAUAAUUUUUAAGUUGGUUGAUAAAGCGAUUGCUUGAUUAAAACGUCAUUUUUCCAUUGAUUCUAAAUUGUCUCCCCGAUAAGGAAAAUAAUUAUGAAACUUUCCUUAAAGUUUCGUCAAAUUGUUAUAUUUGUACUUGGCUGGGUAGCUUAUGCAUCAACAUAUUUUCUUAGAAAGCCUCUUGGAGUGAUAAAAGUUGAUUUAAAAAGCGAAUUAUUAUUUAGUAAAUCUCAAUUAGGAUGGUUAGAUGCAGCUUUACUGUUUCCUUAUGCAAUGUCUCAGAUGUUCCUAGGAGCAGUUGGAGAUCGAUUCGGAGCAAGAAGAACCUUUGCCAUAACACUAUUUAUUUCAGCUUUAUCAAUGAUUACUUUUGGCAAUUGGAGUAGCUUUUACAUUCUAGUUACCUUAUUAUUCAUUAACGGGGCAGCUCAGGCUCAUUGUUGGCCAAAUUGCGGUAAAAUUCUUGGCACAUGGUUCUCAGAUAAAUCUAGAAAUUCAAUUUUUGGUUUAUUCGGGGCUAGUGCUUUUGUUGGAGGAAUAGUGGGAACAACUUUAGCAGUCUUUCUACAAGCAAAAUAUGGCUGGAGAAAUGUGUUUGUUCUACCGUCUCUCAUUACUGGUACUAUAAGUCUUCUCCUAUUCUUCUUCUUUAGAGAAAGCAACGAAAUUGGAAUAGAUAUACCAGGAAGAGAAUCUUCAAAAGAAUCUGGAAUUGAAACUCAAAAUGUUCAAAAGUUGUCUCUUCUCCAAUUAUGGAAAGUUAUAUGUGUCAAGGAAUGCGCAAUUGGAAUGUUUAGUUUAAAAUUAGUUAGAUAUACUAUGUACAUGUGGCUUCCAAUGUACUUGUUGAAUGUAUUACGAUAUUCAAAAGCUCAGGCGGGUAUGUUUUCAACAAUGUUCGAAAUUGGAGGUGUUGCUGGUUCAGCAGUUAUUGGAUUUGUUGUUGAUAGAUUAUUAGGAGGAAAAGCACUUAUUGGCGUUAGCAUAUCGAUAUUUCUCAGUGCCAUUUGCCUAAUAUUAUUCAUAGCAACUAGUGGAUGGGGAGUUAUAGUUAAUAGUGUUUUCCUACUGUCAGCGGGAGCUCUAAAUUGUGGACCAGAUUCGCUAUUAGGCGGUUCAAUAUCAGCGGACCUUGGGGAAAGACACGGCGCAGCGGCAGCCGUAACUGGUUUGAUUAAUGGCUUUGGUUCAGUUGGUGGGUUCAUCGAAGGUCCUUUAAUUGGCUUUAUAGCUGAUGUUCUCGGUUGGACAGCUGUUUUUUAUGUAAUGGUAAUAAUAUGUUUUAUGGGAAGUAUUGCUGUAUAUAGAGCUGCUAGACUCUACGAAAUUAACCAAAGCAGAAGGUCUAAACAACCUGAAUCGGGCAAAGAACCAACUAAUGUUUGA